AUGUCGCCAAAGAACUUCAUGCAAGUUUACAUAAUCUGUGUUCCAGCUGGAGAGGUGAACGUGCUAUCGGCUGUCGCUUUGCUUCAGCGAAAAUUAAUUGACACUUACAAUGAACUUUUAGGGACAAUUCUUCGUAAAUGUGAGGAUGCAUUCGGACAUACUCCCAGCCCUAGAAUAUGUAUGAUCGAUUUUGAAUUAGCCGCAUUCAACGCUUUGAACAAUGUUAUUGGAGACGAUACAGAGAUAAAGGGAUGCUUUUAUCACCUGACACAGUCGACGUGGAGGAAAAUCCAAGAAUUGGGACUCGUAAACCUGUACAAGGAGCAGGACGAAUUCAGACACUUCUGUGGGAUGCUUGAGGGCCUGGCCUUUUUGCCCCUUGAGGAUGUAGAAGACGGCAUGACCCACAUCAGACGCAUCGCUCCAGCAGUUGCAAAUGACUUGAUCGACUACUUUGAUACCACCUACGUUACUGGCCCUUACAGAAACGUUCGUGCACCAGAUGGUGCAAUUCACCUUAGAAGAGGCCAAUCGACUUUUCCCCCAAAACUGUGGAACGUGCAUGAGACCACGCUCGGGGGUGAUCCACGCACAAACAACGUGUGCGAAGCAUGGAACAAUAAAUUCACACAUAUGGUCGGCCACACGCAUCCAACUGUUUUGAAGUUUAUUAAGAACCUGCAGCUCGAGGAACAAAGCGUUCGCAACGUUCUCGCACAAAACGCUAUCGGCAACCAACCUAGGAAACGAGUUCGUCGCGCAGUACAGGAGCAUCAGAGGCGGCUGCAGAACCUGUGUGUGGACUACAUUGCAGAAAGAAAGACUAUGGAGCAAUUCCUACGUGACAUAGGACAUUGUAUUCGAAUUGGCAAUAUCAUGUAA